AUGCUCACACUAGCAACCCUUACGGGUAGCACCCUUGCCCGGGGCCUGGAAGUCGCCCCUCCGAAAUCGCCGACCCUGAAGCAUGGCAUUCCACUGUUUAGGAAGCGCGGGAUCGUGGGCCGGCUGCGCCCCCCAACGGCUCUGUGCGGAGACGCAGUCUGGAUUGCCGUACAGUCCAGCCAGUCUGGGGACCUGCAGCCAUCUAAGUGGCUUACCGAUGCAGAACUGCAGCCCGCCCCAUGCCGGGACUUGUCUGCACUGCAUGGGCUAGCGGACAGUGCGGCUGCUGCACAAGACGCAGGCGUGAAAGGGGAAUCUGUCAAUGGGAUUGCACUUGUUCCAAGGAAACACUGCCAUAACAAACUAAUCCUUCAACAACGCGCUGCGCGCUCCCGUGAGCCGAAAGCCAAUGGGAGCCCCGGGCGGCUCGUGCCCGCGCACGCAAAGGGGGAGAGGGAGCGCAGAACGUGCGCGCGCCCUCAGUACCUCCACCGCUGCCUCCUCCUCCUCCUCUUCCUCCUCCUCCUCCUCCUCCUCCUCUUCCUCCUCCUCCUCCUCGUCCUCCUCCUCCUUCUCCUCCUCCUCCUCCUCCUCCUUCUUCUUCUCCUCCUCUUCCUCACCAUCACCACCACCAUCAUCUUCCUCCUCCUCCUCCUCCUGCUCCUGCUCCUGCCGCUGCUGCUUCUCCCCCCGUUCCCUUGGAGCGGACCAUCCUGGUGCCUCUUUUGUGAAGCGGCGGCUGAGGAGACCCCCGGACUCGCCAUGGCCGACGAAAAGCCGAAGGAAGGAGUCAAGACUGAAAACAACGACCACAUUAAUUUGAAGGUGGCAGGGCAAGAUGGUUCGGUGGUGCAAUUUAAGAUUAAGAGGCACACACCACUUAGUAAACUAAUGAAAGCCUAUUGUGAACGACAGGGUUUGUCAAUGAGGCAGAUCAGAUUCCGAUUUGAUGGGCAACCAAUCAAUGAAACAGACACACCUGCACAGUUGGAAAUGGAGGAUGAAGAUACAAUUGAUGUAUUCCAGCAGCAGACAGGUGGUGUUUACUAAAAAGAGAACCUGCAACUCUACUCCAGAACUGUGCUCCCAAGGAAAACAAUACAUUCACAAUUAGAAAACCAAGAUUUGGUUCAUCCACAUCCUGACUACUGCAGUAUAGUUUUCUCUCUUCUUUGAUUCCCUUCCCCCAUUCCUUUAUUGUACAUAAAGUAACUGGUGUAUGUGCACAGGCAUAAUGCGUAUUUUUUUUUAACUAAAUGGCCGAUGGUAUGUUUUGAUCAACAUCAAAUGGAGAUGGGGAGGGGAAAAAACAAACUGGUUCUGUGAAAAUAUCCCUUUUCUCCAUUAGUGGCAUGCUCAUUCAACUUUUAUCUUUAUAUUCCAGUAAGUUAUUUUGCUCUCACUGUUUAACAACAAAAAAAAAACCCACAAAAAAAUCCUUGCAUACCUUGUUUGAUUGGAUAAUUUCAAUGUUUUUCUUUUAUCAUUGUAAAACCAAGGACGAUUUUAUAACUUUUUUGUACGUAGCUGUUACAUGUAGGGCAAUCUCUGUCUCUCAGUAGGGAUAAAUUACUAUAAAGAAAUUGAUCCUAGAUAGUUUUCCCUUCAAGUCAAACAUCUUGUUGUUUAAAUAAACUUCUUGUUUAAAAUAAA